AUGGAUAAGUGCUCUGCGAGUCCAGUUCCAAUUCAGAAAGGUGAUAAAUUGAGCAUUAAGCAAUGUCCACAUAUUGAAUUGGAACGCAAGCAAAUGGAGCAUAUUCCUUAUGCAUCUAUUGUCGGAAGUUUAAUGUACACUCGAACAUGUACCAGACCAAACAUUAGUUUUGCGGUUGGCUUCCUAGGCAAAUAUCAGAGCAAUCCUGGAAUGAAUCAUUUGCGAGCUGCAAAAAAAGUGUUGAGAUAUUUACAAGGGAUGAAGGAACAUAUGCUUACCUAUAAGAGAUCCGAUUAUCUUGAGGUGAUUGGAUAUUUAGAUUCAAAUUUUGUUGGUUGUGUAGACAUCAAGAAAUCCACAUUUGGCUACAUAUUUUUGUUAACUAGAAGAGCAGUUUUGUGGAAGAGUGCAAAGCAGUCUGUCAUUGUUGCUUCCACUAUAGAGACUGAGUUUGUGGCAUGCUUUGAGGCCACAGUUCAGGGAUUUUGA